UCCGGAUCUUCUCAUUCAUCGAUCGUUUCAUCCUCCCUCGUCUACAUCCCUUCUUGCGGGCGGACUUCACUCUCGUGCGGUUUGAUCGCACAUCCAUUCUUUAAUUCCUAGCUCCUUAGCUAGAUAGUCAUUCCUUUCCAGAAUUCCGGGGACGCCUAUCAAUUGUAAACACUCGCUUGUUGUGUGCGCCCCCCUUUCCGCCCUCUAUACUUGGGUAGUCCGCCCAGGGUUCGAUCUAUAUACAUACGACGAGUGCGAAUCCACGCAGAACAAAUCCACCUCCAUAUUCAACCCACCGGGGGGAGCUGAUCCUACACGCGUCCUCCCACCAUGUCAUUCCUUCGCUUUUUGUCCCUCUGGGCCAUCGCCAUUGUCUGCGUGACGGCGCAGACCUUCACCGACUGCGAUCCGCUCAAGAAAGAUGAUUGUCCGGCAGCGCCGGCCUUGGGUACCAACCACACAUGGACCUUCAAUUCGACCCUGGACGACACGAUCUGGAACGUCACCAAUGGCCGCAUCUACUACACCGACGAGGGCGCCGAGUUCACCAUCAAAUCGAAGUUGCAAUCCCCCACGCUGCAGUCGAACUUCUACAUCUUCUUCGGUAUUGUCGAGUCCCACGUCAAGAUGGCCAAGGGUGCCGGUAUCAUCAGUAGUGUCGUGCUGCAGUCCGCCGAUCGGGACGAGAUUGACUGGGAAUGGGUCGGCUACAACACCUCCGAGGUGCAAUCCAACUACUUCGGCAAGGGUAACGAUACGAGUUUCAACCGCGGUGGAUACCACGGUCUCAGCAACGCCGACACCGAAUUCCACAACUACACCACCUACUGGUCGAAAGAGAAAAUCGAAUGGUGGCUGGACGGCGAUCUCGUGCGGACGUUGAAAUACGAGGAUGCUUUGGACGGCAAGAACUUCCCGCAAACGCCGAGCAACGUCCGCUUCGGUAUCUGGCCGGCUGGUGACUCCGGGAACAAACUCGGAACCAUCGAGUGGGCCGGAGGUGAGGUCGACUAUGAUAAGGGUCCUUACACCAUGGUGGUUCAGAAAGUGCGCGUGCACGAUUUCCACACUGGUAAGGAGUACUCGUACGGCGAUCGCUCCGGCUCGUAUGAAAGUAUCAAGGUUGUCGAUGGUAACUCAACGACCGUCGAAGAAUUGAACAAACCUCCCCCGAAGUCAACGGCGGAGAAAUGGGCCGAGCUACCUAUGGCGGCGAGAGUCGGUAUCUACUGCGGUGCCGCGGCCGCCGGUAUCAUCCUCAUCGUUGCAUUCGUCUUCUUCUUCAUCAAGCAGCGCAAGAGAGGCCGUCUCGAGCACGCUUUGGAUGAUGCCAAAUGGAACAACAACCGCACCGAGAUGACCAACUUCCAAUCGGACUGGAAGACAACCGAAUUCAGGAACAAGGGCGGCUACCAACCGGUAGCAUAACUGUUCUCGUUUCCCCUCAGAUGACUGUGAUCAGAACCGACUCUCCCUUGCGUUCAGUAUGAAACAAAGCAAUCAAAUCCAUCUCGGGGAGGUUUCCCUCGUGCAGCUUGAUCUGUAAGGGGGCUCUCACCUUGCCACACCCGCGUGCAAAGGUGUCGCGGAAUUUUAGAAGAAAAGAUCCUUGCACCCCUACUUUGCUGGCCAAAGUUGCACGGGUUGGUGUUGGAGACAUGCUGUAUCUUUGGCGUCAAGUGACGGGGGUCGGACUCAUGAUUCAUCCUCACAAUCUCUUUCUUUCCUCAAAUCUAUUCUUUAUAGUCAUGUCCAUAUUAUACCUCUCUCCGCUUUCUUUUGAGAUAAGAGGUCUCCGUCGAUUGUAUAUACCUACCUAUUUGUAUCGUUUUACUUGCAGCCAUUUGAUUGUUUUGUUCUGGGGAAUUUUGAUAUUCUGAAAACGCAGAUCUCAUCUUUUGAUUUUGACAGUUCAUUAUAGACAUUUACGUU